AUGGAUGUCAUCAUCUCUGGAUCAUGCAGCAGUUUCCUCGCAUGUAAGAUGGUUAAGCGGCAGCAGCAGGUAUCAGUCAGGCCAGCACUUGUUGAAUGCGAUGGCCCUGUAUGUGCAGUUGAGAAACUUAUCAAGAUCGACAGUUUAAUUGCCCUGCUCUGCUGCAAAACUAUCAAGUUGGCUCCCUUCGGUCUCUGCUUUGGUGGAAUUAAUUCGUGUUAUCCCGCCCGUGUGAUCAGGCGAUGGAAAGUGGUUUUUGGUGUCGCUGGACGAGGAAGCAGUGGCCAUGAUCACAAGACACGGCUUUUACAUUCCUAUAUGCUUUUCCAUGUUAAGUGA